AUGACAUCAUCCGUCCUCCCGAAGAACAAGAGGACCAUUCACACAGCGGCAUGCCUGAUCAUUGGUGACGAGGUCCUUGGUGGAAAGACCAUCGACACCAACUCCGCCUUUUUCGCCAAGUUCUGCUUCUCCCUCGGCAUCCAACUGAAGCGCAUCGAAGUGAUUGCCGACGAUGAGAGCGAGAUCAUUGAGGCAGUGCGACGUAUGAGCGACCGCUAUGACUUCGUCGUCACCAGUGGAGGCAUUGGCCCAACCCACGACGACAUCACCUAUGAAUCCAUAGCCAAGGCCUUUGGUCUGAACCUAAAGCUCCACCAAGCCGCCUUCGAGCGUAUGAAGAAGCUCUCCAAGCCCCAUCCUAUGCAACCAAACUUCGAUUGGGACACACCCUCCCCUAGUCUGACGGCGAAGCUGCGCAUGGUCGAGAUCCCUCACGACGAGUCUGUGCCUCUGGAGGAACAGGCUGUGUUUGUUGCGGAUGAUAUGUGGGUGCCCAUUGCUAUCGUCAACGGCAACGUCCAUAUCCUUCCUGGUGUUCCUCGUCUCUUCGAAAGGCUGCUCGAGCACCUGAAGCCGAAUCUGUUGCCUCGCUUGGUCAACCCGGAGGGAAAGGGCAUCUAUCGCUACCUGUUCAGCACACCACUCCCGGAGAGUACGGUCGCCCCUUACCUGACGGAACUUGCUACUCGUGUGGCUUCGAAGAACAUCAAAGUUGGCAGUUACCCCCGGUGGGGUAAUAAGCGCAACACUGUGACUCUGGUCGGCACUGACAAGGAGUUUAUGGACUCGCUUAUCGCAGAGGUGGAGCAGAAUGUCGAGGGAACCAAGGUAACUCGGGAGGAUGAGCUUGACCCUCCCUCGGACGCUGAGGAGGGCAAAUAA